GAUUCCCAAAUUAUAUUAUCUUCUCAUACAAUGCCCAGUUCCAGUGAUCUGCUGAUUUUGAAUAAUGAGCACAAAUCUUUUACUGAAGAUUCCCAAAUUAUAUUAUCUUCUCAUACAAUGCCCAGUUCCAGUGAUCUGCUGAUUUUGAAUGAUGAGCAAACACACAAAGUUAUUGAAAAUUCCCCAAUUAUAUCUUUUUUUCAUCCAAUUAUCAAUCCCAAUGCAAGCCAAAAUAUUUCAAACAUUAAAGGCCCAAAUAUUAUUCAAUUAUAUAAAAAAAGGAGCCUAAUGACCCUUUUCAUUUCAUAUUCUUUAGAAUGACAAAUAUCUUGAUUAAUUUCAUAAUUUCCAUAGGCCCAUGUCAGCCAUGUUCAAAUAUAUUUCAAUAUCCUGUUACUCACAAAAGGAGCAUGAAUAUAUCCUAUUAUAAAAAGGUUAAUAUUGAUGGUUCCCUCAAACCAAGAAAUUGGUUAUCCUAUAGCACCACUUUAGACAAAGUCUUUUGUCUUUAUUGUCUUAUGUUUGGUGGCCCUAAAUCCAAUACUUUUUGGACUCAACUUGGAGUAAAUAAUUGGAAAAAUUUUAAGCGUGACUUAGAGAGACAUGAGUCAUCUUCUAUUCAUAAGGAUUGUGAAUACACCAACAUGACUUGGCUUGCAAAUAAGCGUAUUCAAGAUCAUUUUCUAUCAAAUAGGCUUGAUAUAAUAAUGGAAAAUCGUAAUAUAGUUCAUAAUAUUAUUGAUGCCAUUAUAUACCUUAUAAAAUGUAACAUAGCCUUUUGGGGCACUAAUUCGAAUGAAGGUAAUUUUAUGUGCCUCAUAAAAUUAAUGGCAAAAACGGUUCCAACUUUACGGGCAUACAUUGAUAACAACGAAAAAUUGAGGAGAAAAAAAUCAGAUAAAAUUUCAAGACCUUAUAUAAAUUUAUUGUCAUAUGGCCAUGUGAAAAAAAUUAUUGAAGUCAUUAAGAUAAAAAUAAUAAAAUGUAUUAUUCAAAAAAUUAAAGAGAAUUGUGCCUAUAGCAUCAUAUUAGAUGGAACAUAUGAUGUGUCUAAAAAAGAAUGCAUUGCUUUACUUGUAAGAUAUAUAGAAGAUGAUCCGCAUCCACAUCCUGUAGAAAGGAUCAUCCAUGUUUUUACAACAUCAGAAACCACCGGGGAAAAUAUAAAGAAACAUGUUUUUUCUAAGUUCAAAGAUCUUGGUCUUCCUCUUGAUUAUAUGGUUGGGCAAAGUAUGGAUGGUGCAGGGAAUAUGAGAGGAGUAUACAAAGGAAUGCAGGCUUUAAUAUUGAAAGAGGCUCCAAAAGCCAUAUAUAUUUGGUGCCAUGCACAUAGGCUCAAUUUAGUAGUUGCUCAUGUUUGUGGAUGCAAAAUAGAAAUGAAAAAGGUAAUGGGAAUAUUGGAUGAGUUAUAUAAUUUCAUGAAUGGGGUAAGACGUCAAGGAGUGUUUGUUAAAUAUCAAAUGACAAAGUCUAAAAAAUCUCUUAAAAGAAUAAAAAAUACAACAAGAAAUUGGUCAUCAUCUUAUAAAGCUGUAGAAAUUUUUUUAGAUGUUUAUGAACAUAUUAUAGCAUCAUUAAAUGAAUUAAAAGAUUCUAAUGACCCAAGCACCUCUUCUAUUGCCGAUGGAUUAUUAACAAGAAUUAAGGAUGAAGAUUUCAUAUUAAGUCUAUUUAUUUUGAAAGAAAUAUUGAAAUGCACACAUGAGGCUUGUAUUGAAAUGCAGGCAGUUGGUAAUGAUUUGGCUAUGGUAACUAAAUUAAUACAACACACAAAAAAUAAAUUACAAAGACUAAGAGCUAAUGGGGAUAAUAUUUUUUUAAAAUUGCAUUCCUUAUCUAACAGUUAUUUGAAAAAGAAUAAUGUUACAACGGAAUUGCAUAAUAUAAAAUCAAUAUUCAAAUUUGAUCAAACAGCAUUCAAUAAUUAUGUUAAACAAAAAAAAAACAAAUAUAAAAGGGAAAUAUUUUUCCCUGUGCUUGAUACAAUCAUUAAUGAUUUAAAUGAAAGAUUUAAUUAUGAUUGUUUAAAUUUUUUAUCUCAAAUAUCUCUUUUUACACCAGCUGGAAUUAUAGCCAAUGAUAGAAUAGAAGGGUGGCAAAUAUCUCAAAUUUGUCAUACUUACCAAUUAAAUGCUCAAGAUAUUGCUCGUGAAUAUAAUGAUUUUCGAUCUUUAUAUUUGGAUUCACAAGCAAUCAUUUAUUGCAAGGAUCUUUUGAAAAUAAAAAAGAAUGAUGGGUUAUAUAUUGAUGAAAGUAUUGUAAACGAUGAAACCGAGGAAGAUAUCAAUAACGAUAACAUAAUUAAUACAAAAAAAUGGAUAAAAUAUUCAUUUAUACUACCAUAUCGUCUUUUAAAUAAAUUAAAUUCUUAUUCUAAUUUAUAUUUAUUAUAUAAAUAUUUAUUGACUCUACCAACUACUUCUUGUUCAGCCGAAAGAGUGAUGAGCAAAGUCAAAAUAAAUAAAACUAGAAUGCGGAAUAAAAUUUCUGACCCCUUUUUAGAAAAUUUACUUCUAAUAUCCAGCGAAAUUGAUGUUUUUGAAAGAUUUAAAAUAGACGACAUUAUAACGCGAUUUGCAUCUACGUCUAAAAGAUUAACUAAAUUAUUAAUAAAAUAAGUUAUAUCUUUUUCACAGCUAAUUAUAUACGCCUUUUUAAUAAUGUAAAUUUAAUUUAAUAGUUUUUUAUAUCAUUCUAGUCCGGUGCAUAAUAUAAUACUAUAUUCAUUUUAUUUAAAUAUUUUAUAAUAGUUAUAUUUACAUAAAUGUUUUUAUAAUUCCAGUGCAAAAUAUAUUAUAUUCAUUUUAUUUUAAUAUUUUAUAUAAAACUUAUAUUUACAUAGAUGUUUUUAUAAUUCCAGUGCAACUAUAUUCAUUUUUUUCUCAUAUUUUAUAUAAAAGUUAUAUUUACAUAAAAAAAUUUAUAUUUCCAGUGCAAAAUAUACUCUAUUCAUUUUAUAUUUUAUAUAAUAGUUAUAUUUACAUAAAUGUUUUUAUAAUUCUUGUGCAAAAUAUACUAUAUUCUUUAUUCUAAUAUUUUAUAUAAAAGUUAUAUUUACAUAAAAAUUUUUUUUAUAUAAUAGUUAUAUCUAUAUGAAUGUUUUUAAUUAAUAUAAAGGCAUUAGUAUUUAUAGAAUCAAGCUAUACCUCUUUAAAAUUACUCAUUUUGUUUUUUUUACUUAAUAUAAAGGUAUUAGUAAUUAUAGAAUCAAGCUAUACCUCUUUAAAAUUACUCAUCUUAUAU